AUAAAUAAAUGUAUACAUGGGACAUCAGGAACAUGAGCGGUUGAUCCGGCAUGCGUUCGAGCCAGCUCGCUCUCUGACGGUACGGUGCCAGCAGCCUGAAUCGCGGGCACCUGACUGUUAUCGCCAUGGCAGCUUCUUGCUGCCCCAGCCAUGGACGAUUCUGCCUCAUCCUCCUGCUUGCUGGUGCUGCUGCGGUUGUAUCAUCUGGGUCUGGGGCCGCCGCUCUUGGUGAUGGGGGCAGCUCCGAUGUGAAGCUCCAUGUUGACUCGUCUUGCCUCACACCACAAGAGCACAAACACGGCGCCGCGACGGGCACGAGGAUGCCGAUCGUGCACCAGCACGGCCCGUGCUCGCCUCUGACCGACAAGCACGGGAAGCCGCCUUCCGACGAGGAGAUCCUCGCCGCGGACCAGCGCCGCGUCGAUUACAUCCACCGCCGCGUGUCCGAGACCACCGGACAGGCGAGGCCGAAGCGCGCGGCGCCGCCAGUCCAGCUCCAGCCCGCGCCGCUGGCGUCGUCCGCCGCGUCGGCGAACCUUCCGGCGUCGUCCGGGGACGCGCUGGGCACGGGCAACUACGUGGUGACCAUCGGCCUCGGCACGCCGGAGGAGCGGCUCACGGUGGUGUUCGACACCGGCAGCGACACGACGUGGGUGCAGUGCCAGCCGUGCGUGACCUCCUGUUACCGGCAGAAGGAGCCGCUCUUCACCCCGGCCAACUCGUCCACGUACGCCAACAUCUCGUGCUCGUCGUCCUACUGCUCCGACCUCGACGUCCGCGGCUGCUCCGGCGGCCACUGCCUCUACCGCGUCCGGUACGGCGAUGGCUCCGAGACCGUCGGCUUCUACGCCCAGGACACCCUCACGCUCGCCUCCGACGCCGUUAAGGAGUUCAGGUUCGGGUGCGGCGAGCAGAACCGCGGGCUGUUCGGGCAGGCGGCGGGGCUGAUGGGACUCGGCCGCGGCAAGACGUCGCUGACGGCGCAGGCGUACGGCAAGUACAGCGGCGUGUUCUCCUACUGCCUCCCGGCGACGCCGUCCGGGACUGGGUUCCUGGACCUCGGCCCAGGCGGUGCGCCGGCGGCGGCGAACGCGCGCCGCACGCCGAUGCUGACCGACAAGGGGCCGACCUUCUACUACGUGGGGCUGACGGGCAUCAAGGUGGACGGGCGCGCGCUGUCCAUCCCGGACUCUGUCUUCUCCGCCGCCGGCGCGAUCCUGGACUCCGGGACGGUGAUCACGCGCCUGCCCCCCAAGGCGUACGCGCCGCUGCGGUCCGCGUUCGCCAAGGCCAUGGCGGAUUUGGGCUACAAGAAGGCAGCCGGGACCUCGUUCCUGGACACCUGCUACGACCUCACGGGGGUCCAGGGCAAGGCGCUCCCCGCGGUGUCGCUGGCGUUCCAGGGCGACGCGACCCUGGAUGUGGACGCGUCGGGGAUCCUGUACAUGGUGGACAUGUCGCGGGCGUGCCUGGGGUUCGCGCCCAACAACGACGAUACCGACGUGGCCAUCGUCGGGAACAUGCAGCAGAAAACGUACGGGGUGGUGCACGAUCUUGGCAAGAAGCUCGUUAGCUUCGCCCCCGGAGCUUGCUGAUCUGUUGUCAUUCCAUACUGAUUUGUAGUAUGUAUUUGUUCAAUAACUAUCUGAAAUCUCAGAUUGGCGUCAUCAAACAGCAAUCUUAAUUGUACGUCAUCAACAUAUAGAAUCAAAGCCUAAAUAAAAAAUAGUGUACUA